AUGGGAGCUGUGAGCACUGAACGCUCUACGACCUCCCUUGUGGUAUCCAACGAUUCCAACGAUGGAGCAGAUCACAGCGACAUCUCCCACGACCCUCCGGUCUACGCUUCAGGCAUCCGACUAUGGGCAACCCUAUGCAGCAUCUUCCUGGCAACUCUGACCGCCGCUCUGGAUCUGGGCGUCGUUGCCACGGCCAUCCCUGCCAUCACAGCCGACUUCAACAAACUCGACGAUAUCGGAUGGUAUGGCGGAACCAUUUUCAUCACCGUCGGCGCGAGCGCUCCGGUCAUUGGAAAGAUGUACAAGUACUUCUCUGGCCGCUGGAUGUAUCUCGGUAGCGUGGUGGUGUUCUUGAUUGGCAGUCUCAUUGCCGCCCCUUCUCCCACCAGCGCCGGUCUGAUUGUUGGAAGGGCGGUUCAGGGUGUGGGUGUGGCCGGAAUUCUGGGAGGAUCUGUACUCAUGAUCACAUAUAUUGCGGAGCCUGCACAACGACCUAUGCUUAUUGGCGUCUGGACUGGAGUGCUCAUGAUCUCGACCGUUCUGGGACCUUUGCUCGGCGGACUCUUUACCACCUAUGUGAACUGGCGCUGGAUCUUCUGGAUCAAUCUACCCAUCGGAGUGCCGAUCGUCGUCCUGAUCCUCCUUUACUUUCACGUUCCCAAGCAUAUCCAACCAACUCCCGCCACGUGGAAAGAGAUUCUCAGGCAACUUGAUCUUCCCGGUUGUUUUCUCUUCCUCGCAUCAUUGACCGUCUUCACUCAGGCUCUGCAAUGGGGCGGCCAAAGUCGGCCAUGGAGCGACGGCGCCGUCAUCGCUCUCCUGGUUGUGUGGUUGGUCCUCACCAUUGGUUUCGUGGCUUGGGAGUGGUCGCAGGGACAAUAUGCCAUGAUACCUCUGGCUAAUUUGAAGCCGAGAAUGUUUUGGACCAAUGCCUUGUACGGCUGGCUUGUUAACCUGGCUGACUUCCAGGUCCUGUUCUAUCUUCCGAUAUAUUUCCAGUCUAUUCACGGACAAUCUGCCAUCAUCAGCGGUGUCAACACCAUCCCAUUCGUCGCCCUUUUCGCCUUGGGAUCCGUUGUGAGCGGCACCAUUGCAUCCAAGACGGGUCAUUUACAGCCCCUGCAGCUGGCAAGCGGAUUACUCGCCACGGCGGGUGCGGCAUUAAUGUACACUCUGGAUGUCCACUCCAGCGCGGCGCGCUACAUCGGCCCUCAAUUGCUCCUUGGGUUUGGAAUCGGAUUGGGAAACCAGAUACCCAUGACAGCCUAUCAAUUCUUCUCAGCACCUGCAGAAGUCCAAACCAAUACUGGAAUCAUGCUCAUGACCAACGGCAUGAGCGGAGCGUAUUUCGUCACGGCUGCCACGACGAUUUGGGCCAACGUGAUGCUUCAGCAGGUCGCGGUCUUGGCACCUGGGAUUCCCCCGAGUCUGGUCUUGGAGACGGGUGCUUCGGAUCUUGCAAAGGUGUGGACGGGGAGUGAUCUAGAUGCUGUGAGAGAAGGUUACAUGACGGGUWUCAGGGGCGUUUUCGCUUUCAGCAUCGCUGGCGCUGCGAGUACUGCGAUUCUUGCAUUGAUGAUCCCUAGGCAAAGACUUCCGGGUCAUGGUGUGGCGCGGAAGGACAGCAGUGGGGAGGUAGAGGACAAGGGGGAGCUGUAG